AUGUAUCAUUUAUUAAUAAAAAUUCUUUUAUUUUCUUCUCUAAUUUUAUAUCCAUUUUCUGAGGAUUGUCAUGAGGAUAACGAUGAUUAUCCUACACCAUCACCAACUUGCCCACCACCUUUUACAGUGUAUACCAAUGUGACCAACGAAUUUGAUCUAGUUCCUUGCUUUGGUAAGGGCUUCACUGUAGAGAAGAAUAGUUAUGCUGGAAUUCAAGUUGAAAGAACUAAUCCUGGAUAUUUAAAGUUUUCAUUGGCAUCGGAAGUAGUUAACCACCCCACUUUGUUUCCCCGUUUACCGCACAUUCCUAAAGGUGUGGGAGGGGUCCGCAAAAUUUCUUAA